AUGGCCGGCGGGCCGAGCGGAGGGUUUGGGGCCGGGAGCGCCCUGCCGACCCCUGGCAAGCGCCUGAAAGGCCGCCGUUUCACCCGUGAGGUGGUGGCCUCUGGAGUCCCAGUUCAUCGGCAGAGUGCUGUGAGAAUAAACGGGGCGGCGAUAGGGGGAAACGACCGCCGAGUGACUGUGAGCCCCCGCAUCCCGUCUGUCACCGGCUCCUGGGGAGUCGCGUGCAUCUAA